AUGACGAAGGGAUUUAAUACCAGCUCUAUACAGGAACUAUACACGUCUUUAAAGGAAAUCACUAAUGGUGCAGACGUGGAGCUUUUCGAAGAUCGUAUCACCAAAUUAGAUUUUGGGAGCAGUGACGAUUUAGGACACGCCAAUGACACCAUAAAAGACAGAUUUUUGAAGCCUUCAAAUGUUCUUCCUUGGAGUUUAUUAGAUAUGGUCCAAGACGUCCCAAAAAUGAACUUUUUAGACGAUCACUCUGAUAAGUUAGACUACAAGGAGCUGUUGAAAAUUCCUAACCCAAUCAAUAGAACAUCAUAUCAGUUCAAAAGAACAGGCCUAGAGGGUAAAAUUUCAGGCUAUAAAGAAGAGGUCAACUUGAAGGAAAUCGCUAGUGCCAAUGCAUCAAACUCGCUGUCAAUUACCAGAAGUAUCAAUCAUAACCAAAACUCAGUAAGAGGUUCCACUGCGCAAUUACCCUUCACUCCAGGCGGUAUCCCCAUGAAAUCCGUCAAAAAAAGCUCGGAACAAAAUGGCACAUCAGCAAUGGCCAACGCCACCAAACUACUGCACAAGGAUGGUCAAGGUUUAUUUGACAUUCCAGAUGGCAUGGAAAGAGGUAUCAAUCCAGUGGAUACCGUUGUUGAAAAUGAGGAUCAAAACGAAGAAUUGAAAGAGUUGAAGCAACUUGACGAAAUAGAUAAUGAACUAGACAUCAAGAUGGAGAUAUACGAAGCAAAGGUGAAGUCGGAGGAAAGCUCCGAUAAAACACUUUCCGAAGAAAUUAUAGAGGAAGCUACCGAAGAAACAACAACUAAUAACGCCGAAGAUGCAGAGAUCGAUGAACUAUUACCAAUUGGUAUUGACUUUGGCAGAACAAAGGCGAUUUCUAAGAAUGUCACCGUAAAGAAGGAAUGGGCUCAUGUUGUCGAUUUGAACCAUAAAAUUGAAAACUUUGACGAAUUAAUUCCUAAUCCUGCCAGGACGUGGCCUUUUGAACUGGAUACGUUCCAGAAGGAGGCCGUUUAUCAUCUCGAACAAGGUGACUCUGUUUUUGUCGCAGCGCAUACAUCUGCUGGUAAAACUGUGGUUGCAGAAUAUGCGAUUGCCAUGGCACACAGAAAUAUGACGAAGACUAUUUACACAUCACCUAUCAAAGCUUUAUCUAAUCAAAAGUUCAGAGACUUUAAGGAAACUUUCAACGAUGUCGAUAUUGGGUUGAUUACGGGUGAUGUGCAAAUCAAUCCUGAUGCAAACUGUUUGAUUAUGACCACAGAAAUUUUAAGGUCGAUGCUUUACAGGGGUGCCGAUCUUAUAAGAGAUGUAGAGUUUGUUAUUUUUGACGAAGUCCACUACGUUAACGAUCAAGACCGUGGUGUUGUUUGGGAAGAAGUAAUCAUUAUGCUUCCUCAGCACGUUAAGUUUAUCUUGUUGUCUGCGACGGUUCCGAAUACGUAUGAAUUCGCCAAUUGGAUUGGAAGAACAAAGCAAAAAAAUAUCUACGUCAUUUCUACUCCUAAAAGACCCGUUCCGUUAGAAAUAAAUAUAUGGACCAAAAAGGAGUUAAUACCAGUGAUCAAUCCAAACUCAGAAUUUCUGGACGCCAAUUUCAGGAAACACAAAGAUAUCUUAAAUGGAGACAGUACAAAGGGAGCCCCUCCGAAGACGGAUAGUGGAAGGGGAGGCUCUACAGCAAAAGGUGGACGUGGGGGAAGUAAUGCUCGGGGCGGAAGGGGAGGCCGUGGUAAUUCGACACGCGGAGGUGCUAACCGUGGUGGCUCAAGAGGUGCUGGCGCAAUUGGCUCGAAUAAACGUAAGUUUUUCACCCAAGACGGUCCUUCUAAAAAAACAUGGCCUGAACUUGUUAACUACCUAAGAAAGAAGGAAUUGCUACCCAUGGUUGUUUUCGUAUUUAGUAAAAAGAGAUGCGAAGAAUAUGCUGAUUGGCUUGAAGGGAUUAACUUCUGUAACAAUAAGGAAAAGUCACAAAUCCAUAUGUUUAUCGAAAAAUCUAUUACUCGUUUAAAAAAAGAAGAUAGAGAUUUGCCUCAAAUUCUCAAAAUCAGAUCCUUGCUGGAACGUGGUAUAGCUGUUCAUCAUGGAGGGUUGUUGCCUAUUGUCAAAGAAUUGAUUGAAAUCCUAUUUUCUAAAGGUUUUAUUAAAGUUUUGUUUGCCACAGAAACAUUUGCCAUGGGUUUGAACUUACCUACAAGGACUGUUGUUUUUAGCAGUAUUCGUAAGCAUGACGGCAAUGGACUGAGAGAACUAACCCCAGGAGAGUUCACUCAAAUGGCUGGUAGAGCCGGUCGGAGAGGUUUAGAUUCUACCGGGACAGUCAUCGUCAUGGCGUACAGUUCUCCUCUAUCUAUCACUACAUUCAAAGAAGUAACCAUGGGUGUUCCAACAAGGUUGCAAUCCCAGUUUAGACUAACAUAUAAUAUGAUCUUGAAUCUUUUGAGAAUUGAAGCAUUGAGAGUGGAAGAAAUGAUUAAAUAUUCUUUUAGUGAAAAUGCUAAGGAAACUUUACAACCAGAACAUGAAAAACAAAUUAAGCUAUUGCAAGGAGAAUUACAAACUAUAGAAUAUAAGAGCUGUGAGAUCUGUGAUAAUGAUAUCGAAAGGUUUUUAGAAUUAAUGCUAAAGUACAAAGAGGCAACAGUAAACCUAAUGCAAGAAAUGGUCAAAUCUCCUUCAAUUCUACAUAUUCUGAAAGAAGGAAGACUUGUUGCGUUUAGAGAUACAAACGAUUGUCUCAAACUAGGGUUUAUAUUUAAAGUUUCGUUAAAGGAUGCCGUUUGUGUUAUUAUGACGUUCACAAAAGCAUUUACACUUCCAAAUGGUAAGCCAAAUCAUUUAAUAUACUUUCCAAAAGCAGACGGGUACAGAAAGAGGAAUUUCCCCAAGUUUGAGAAAGCCGAUUUUUAUAUGGAAGAAGUCCCUGUAACCGCUAUAGAGGUAAUCACAAAGCGCAAAUUUGCCGCUCCAUUAGGUAAGGUAAUGAAGAAGGAUGCCACCGCUCUAAGUGAAUUCAAGGCCGAAAUCAGUAACAUUUUAGAGGGAAAAACACUCAAAGAAGCAAUCAAUAUUGAAAAGCAAGGUUUGAAAAUUCAUCAAAUACUGCUAGACCGUACAAACAUUAGAGAUGAGAUAUUUGAACUAAAAAGCAUCAAAUGCCCUGGUUUGAGCGAACAUAUUGUUCCGAGGUACAAGGCACAUGCUACCGAAAACAAGAUCAAAGAGUUGUAUCAUUUAAUGUCUGACCAAAACUUAAGUCUACUACCUGAUUAUGAAAAGAGACUAGCUGUUCUAAAAGAUACUGGAUUUAUCGAUGAGAAUCAUAAUGUGUUAUUAAAAGGUAGAGUGGCAUGCGAAAUUAAUUCUGGUUAUGAACUGGUUCUAACUGAGUUAAUUUUGGACAACUUCUUGGGAAGUUUUGAACCUGAAGAAAUAGUCGCCUUACUAUCGGUGUUUGUUUACGAAGGGAAAACAAGAGAAGAAGAACCCCCCAUUGUCACACCAAGGCUAGCAAAGGGUAAACAAAAAAUCGAGGAGAUUUACAAGGAAAUGCUUGGUGCUUUUAGUACACACCAAAUUCCUUUAACUCAGGAUGAAGCGGAGUUCUUGGAUAGGAAAAGAUUUGCUAUGAUGAAUGUUGUGUAUGAAUGGGCUCGUGGUUUAUCGUUUAAGGAAAUUAUGGAAAUGAGCCCUGAAGCCGAAGGUACCGUGGUCAGAGUCAUUACAUGGUUGGAUGAAAUUUGUCGUGAAGUUAAGACUGCGUCCAUUAUUAUUGGUAAUUCUACACUACAUAUGAAAAUGAGCAGAGCUCAAGAAUUGAUCAAGAGAGAUAUUGUUUUCGCUGCAAGCCUGUACCUGUAA